AUGUAUUUACAGAAUGCUUCAAUCAAUGUAACACACUUUAUUAUAGGUGGUUUUGACACAGUUAUAAGGCCGGAGGCAAUUGGUGUGGUUAUGCUGAUAAUCUAUCUACUAGUUGUUCUUGCCAAUACGGUAAAUAUCCUCUUCAUUAUUUUUGACAAGAGAUUACAUAAACCAAUGUAUCUUCUGGUUUGCAACCUUGCUGUUGUUGAUAUAAUUUACACUUCAAGUACCAGUCCAACAAUGAUUGGGGUUCUACUUGCAGGUGUUAAUACCAUAUCCUAUGUGGAGUGCAUAAUUCAAAUGUUUGUUUUCCACUUGGGAGCUGUGAUGGAGAGGCUUGCUUUAGCAAUUAUGGCAUUUGAUAGAUUAAUUGCUAUAAUCUGUCCUUUUCAGUACCACAGUUAUUUAACAAACACACGUGUUGUUUUUCUUACAUACAUCCUGUGGUUUGUUGGUAGUGGUUUUGCAGCUCUUGCCCCUGCAGUAGUAGUUCGUCUCCCUCACUGCUACUCAAGACUGAAGUACACUUUCUGUGACUAUGCUGCUGUACUACGAACCACUUGUAAAAUGGGGGGCACUCUUCUGAGUCACUUAAUUUGUGUAACAUGUCAUUACUGUCCUGCAUUUAUAAUCAUUGUCUUAACCAGAUUAGGCGUUGCAUUAUCCCUUGAAGAACGUCAGGGUUUACUUAUUGGGACCAUCCUCGGCCCAUCUCUUGUUAAUCCUUUUGUGUACAGUCUAAGGACAACUGAAAUCAAAACUAAGAUCUUUAGGAUAUUAAAAAACGGCUGGCAUGUAUAG